AUGAACAUCCGUCUAGCAAGGAUUGAUGACCUCAGCGGCAUGCAAGCAGCCAACCUCAUCAACCUCCCGGAAAACUACGUUAUGAAAUUCUGGAUGUAUCAUCUCUUGACGUGGCCACAGAUAUCAUUCGUCGCGGAGAAUGGAGAGGGAAAGAUUGUCGGAUAUGUACUGGCGAAAAUUGACGACGAGACCACGGAUGCGAACUCAGCCGAGGUGCAUGGGCACGUCAAUUCGAUAUCAGUGCUACGGUCGUAUAGGCGACUAGGGUUAGCGCGACGGCUGAUGAUGUUAUCGCAGGAAGCAAUGUUGACUGUGUACAAUGCAUCAUACGUCUCAUUACAUGUUCGGAAAUCCAACAAGGCCGCUAUUGGACUGUAUAAAGACACAUUAGGAUUCUCAGUGGCGGACAUAGAAAAGAAAUAUUAUGGCGAUGGUGAGGAUGCUUUAUCCAUGAAGCUCUACCUGAAGCGGUAGUGUGGCCUAUUCUUAGUAAAACAAGCAAUAUAUAGAAUGUACAAAAACUGUAUUUUUUCGGCCACGGUGGAGUACAUGGUAAGUAAAAUGACAUUAGGUUUGAAACCUGGCGAA